UUGAAAUCACACAAGGAAAAGAAGAAGAAGAAGAAGAAGUAGAGACCUGGCAGGCUCUGAGUUAGGAGGCUGCUGGUGAUUUCCAUCUUUAGACUCUGCUGACUCGCCUCCAAGCCUCCUGAGAGAUUGUCCAGCCCCCCCUCACCCUUCCCUCCCCUCCUCCCAGCCGCCACCUCCACCUCCUCGCUGCUCGGCUUCACUGCAACAUUAAAUGUGCUGCAAUUGCACUUCACGUCUGCUGCUGUGGAAGAUUUGAUCUCCGCCGGCUGCAGGUAGUUCAAGGUGGUGGCUGCAUCCGCUGACCCGAGCUAUGCAGAAGAGUCCCUGCUCCGCUCAUACAGCAGCUCCGCAGCGUCACUCGGGGAGUGAUGGCGGCACGUCCAAUGGUUUUGAAGCCCUCGGAUGCCACGAGCGGCUGGGUCCCAAGGACGGCCAGGACUCUGAAGACCCCAGAGAAUACUGUUACGGUGGGUACCACCCGGUCCAGAUAGGAGACACCUUCAACAGACGAUACCAGGUCAUCUCUAAGCUCGGCUGGGGCUAUUUCUCCACUGUGUGGCUCUGCGUGGACCUCAGGUUGGGUCGGCAGGUCGCUGUGAAGGUUCUGAAGAGCGGAGCUGGCUUCGCCCAGGCUGGACAGGAUGAGCUGGCCAUCCUGAGAUGUGCCGGGGGUCCUCUGGCCCGUCACAGCUCCAGUCAAAGGAUCGUUAAGCUGCUGGAUGAGUUCAAACUGGCCGGGGUCAACGGGAUCCACAUGUGUCUGGUGCUGGAGCUGCUGGGUCCUGACCUGAGAAGCUGGCAGCUGUGUUUUGGGAAUCCAGGACUCCUGAAGCCUCAGGUCAAGCAAAUACUUACUCAGGUUCUGCAGGGUCUGGACUACCUUCACACUCAGUGUAAAAUCAUUCACACAGACGUCAAGCCAGAGAACAUCCUGCUGUGUCUGAAGGAGCAGUCCCACAAAGCACCAGCGGGGGGCAGCACUUCCUCCUCUGUACUGAUUGGGAAGGAAGCCAAGUCCACAGAGAGGGAGCAGCUAAAUCCGCACAGUUUAAAGGAAAUUGCAGUGAAGAUCGGUGACUUGGGCAGCUCCUGUUGGGUGUACAAACAUUUCUCUGAGGAAAUCCAGACCCGUCAGUACCGCUCACUAGAGGUCCUGCUGGGAUCUGAGUAUGGCCCGCCAGCUGAUAUGUGGAGCGUCGCAUGUAUGGCCUUUGAGUUGGUCACUGGAGACCCGCUGUUCGAACCCAAAGCCAGCGACUCCCUUUCCCUGGAGGAAGACCACAUCGCUCAGAUCAUGGAGCUGCUCGGUAAAAUCCCGCCAGCUGUAGCCUUGUCAGGUAAAUACUCUGCAGAGUACUUCGACCGCAGAGGUGACCUGCAUCGCGUUGGUCGACUGAAGCUCUGGAGCCUCUAUGAUGUUCUUGUAGAGAAAUAUCACUUCCUGUUGGAGGAGGCGUCUGCAUUCUCAGACUUCCUGCUUCGCAUGUUGGAUUAUCACCCAGAGAGGAGGGACACUGCUGCACAGAGCCUUUGCCAUCCUUGGUUGACCUCUUGCUAGCUCUGCAGGCUUCACUGCCACCUGUAGUCCGUUUAGCAGCCAGACCUCAUAGAAUUUCUGUAAAUUUCUGUCUUGUGAAAUGUGUUAUUUUCCUCAUGAUGAUCUCCAGGUUUGCCCUUUGAAGCACUUUAAGCAGUUUUUAUAAGUUUGAUCGCCAAACUUCCUAGUCCUAUAAGGAGCGGCUCAGCGUGGAAUUGUCCAUUUGAUGCAACACUUGAAGUGCAGCUAUUGUUUUGUCAAACUGAGUGUUACUAGUAACAAAACAGAAUGUAUUCAUUUGUUAAUCUCAUAUAGCGAAUGUACAUUAAAGACACUUUUCUUCCAACUUUUUGUACAGUGAUGAACAGCUUUGAAGAAUAAAGAUGAAAAAUAAAGUUUAAUUUCAAUGUUAA